AUCCAUGACCAAAGAUGGAGUCUUUGGAUAGAAAUGGUAAAUAAGAAAGGGACGUGGGCUUCUGAAGCCACUGAAAGCCCAUAAAAACCCGCUAUUUCAGCCCCGUGCUGCAUCCCACAGUCGACAGCCACGUGCUGCAUCCAAUCAGAUCACUCCCACUCCUCAAUUCUCCAUCCCCAUCCAUCAUCUUCAUCUGGAUCAUCCCUCUUUCCGUUCCCCAUCUCUCAGAGAAAAUGUUUUGAGAUAGCAGUCAAAGACAAGGAACCUGAAGGACAACAUUCGAAGUAGAGAAAGGUUUUGAGAUGUCUAAUGGCAGAACCCAUUGGUGCUAUAGCUGUAGGCAACCGGUUAGUCUGCGAGGACAAAAUGCAGUUUGUGCCGACUGUUGUGGAGGAUUUAUUCAGGAACUUGGUGAUAUACUGAGCACGAACAGCUUGUCCAUAGAUUCUGGUGAAGAGAAUGGCAUUGAAGAUCACCAGCAGCAGCCCAGAUUAAUGGAUGCUUUCUUGAACUUUCUGAGAGAGCGAAUAGUGGGAAUUAACAGGAGCGUUGACAAUAGUGGCAGGUCAGAUUCACAUCCUGAACAUGGUGGUAUUGGUCCUUGGUUGAUCUUCAGUGGACAGAUGCCUCAGGACAGUAGGUUUGAAGAGCUUUUCAAUGAGGCCGGGGGAUUUAGGCAAACAAGUGGCGGGAAUUAUUUCGUUGGUCCUGGACUAGAAGAACUAAUUGAUGAGCUUACUAUUGAUCAAAGGGUUGUACCCCCUGCACCCAAAUCUUUGAUCGAUGAGAUGCCUACGGUUAAAGUAUCACAGAGACACCUUCGCUCUGACACGCACUGUGCCGUUUGUAAAGAAAAAUUCAAGUUAGGGACUCAAGCAAGGAAAAUGCCGUGUAACCAUAUAUACCAUUCAGAUUGUAUUGUUCCUUGGCUAGUUCAGCAUAACUCCUGUCCCGUUUGCCGGCAGGAAUUAACAUUGCAGAGGUCUAACAGCGAGUGUAGCGACGAGAGCUGGAGGGCUCAUGGUAGAAGCAGCUCAAGUGGCCGGAGGAAUGUACAUGGAACGGGUAGAAGUCGAGGAUCGUGGAACCCGCUCUCUUUCAUCCGGUCUCUUAGAUCGUCCCGAUCCCGAGCUCGAAAUAAUAGAGCAGUUGGCAGCAGCUCGUCAACCACAUGAAGGUAAAUCAUUGUGGAUAAGGCCUUAAAAACAGGGAGGCAAGGCUGCUCAUAACAUGGCUUGAUUUCCUUUCUCUUUUUACUGGUGUCCCAAACUCACUGCCCUCCAACCUAGAGCAAAUGGCUUGUGUUAUUGGUGUGGUUUGGAGCUCCGACUCCACAACAAUUUAGCUUGCUUUUCCUGAGCUGAAUCAAAGUCUAUGCUUCUGCUUCUGUUUUA